CCUUAGUGUGUCUCAAAACAUCUCACCUUCUCUGUUUUAUGGUUAAUUUGAAAGGCCAGAUAUAUGCUAGACACACUUGCAAGUGUCAAAGUGCGAAGUUUGUUUAUAUUGUUGAUUUGUUAUGUUUCUGUCAACAAAUAUUUCGGUAUUAUUUGAAUAACUGAAUCGUUGGAACACAAUAAUGAGGAACUGCUUCAUUCCACACUGUGAUGCUUUGCAUAAAGCCAAUCCCAAGCGGGCUAUGUUCAAUGUUCCAAUGAAAAAUCCCCAAAUAUUCGAACUGUGGCAAGAGGUUCUUCCAAAGCAUCGACCACUGAAACCGUUCGAUCGUAUUUGUCAAUAUCACUUUCGAGAAGAGGACAUUCUACACUACUGGGAGUACAAUAUCAACGGGAGGGUGGAGCGUAUGCUGCGCAAUAAACCAACUCUCCGACCAAAUGCAGUUCCAACCGUUGUUGAUUUAGGCGUACAAAUGUUAGAAACCCAAGGAUCUCCAGUGAAACAAGGAGUUAAACGGAAACGUAGCCAAAAGAUUAUGAAAAAGAUUGUAUAUAAGGUAGCCAAAGCGGAUAACAUCCCAGAGGGCCAUACUGUUGAAUUAACAGUGCAAGAGAAUGCAUUGCAUGGUAUAACUAAUCAAGAUAGUUCAAAGGAUACAGAGGUUUUUGAAUAUCCUGUUCAAACGAUAAACGAUACAAUCGGCGGACUUCACCACAAUAUCGUGAUCGAGACAACCCCGAUACCCCAUUCAGAUUUUGAAACAUUAUUUGACGAAGUUUAUGAGGUGCAGCUUCCCUCAACGCUUUGGGGUGUCCAUAGAGACGCUGAGAAAACCUUUAUUUCAUUCACGGAGUUCAGUAAAGAUACCAUGAAUAUCAGGAAGUAUCUUUAUGUUGACCACUAUUUGCAAUAUCGCAUGGCUGUCGGUCAGCGAAUAAUGAGGAGCGGAGAGUUAUCAAGCGCAUCUGCUGAAGCUAUCACUAGGUUAUUAGAUGUGCUAGAUAAAAUAAAGAUUAGGAAAGUUAUCAUUAAAGGAAGUUCCUCAAUUCUGAACGAAUCUUGAGAUUUUUUAAAUACAAUAAAAUAUUUAUAUUUGCUAAGUUUAUUUACAAUGUGA